GUGUGUGUGUGUGUGUGUGUGUGUGUGUGUGUGUGUGUGUGUGUGUGUGUGUGUGUGUGUGUGUGUGUGUGUGUGUGUGUAUAUCUGAGAUCGGGAUGCCCUGGAGGGGGCUUGCCUGGUGGACCCCCCACUGACCUCCCCAGAGAACGUCCACUACCCCACCCCCAACCGUUACCCUUCUACCUUCACCCCGGCCUCAGCAUGGCUGGUCUGGUGCUGAAUGAGACAGGCAUGGAGGACUGUGGGAUAGAUGACAGCUUUAAGUAUGACCUGUACAGCGUGGUCUACAGCGUGGUGUUUGUCCUGGGGCUCUGCACCAACUGUGCUGCUCUCUUUGUGUUCUGCUUCCGGAUGAAGCUACGCAACGAGACAACGCUGUUCAUGACUAACCUGGCAUUGUCAGACCUUGUGUUUGUGUUCACGCUGCCCUUCAAGGUCUACUACAACGUCAACCGACACUGGCCCUUUGGAGACGAACUCUGCAAGGUAUCAGGAACAGCGUUCAUCACCAACAUCUACGGUUCCAUGUUGUUCCUCACCUGCAUCAGCGUGGACCGCUUUCUGGCCAUCGUCUACCCCUUCCGCUCGCGCUCAGUCCGCACACGGAGGAACGCAGGCCUGGUGUGUGCUGCGGUCUGGCUCACCAUCGUGGGUGGAGGGAUAUCGGUCACCUUCUUUUCCACGAUCAACCAGGCAAACCGCGCCACGGCCUGCUUCGAGGGAUUCUCCAAGAGCACCUGGAAGACAUACCUGUCCAAGAUUACUAUAUUUAUAGAGAUCGUAGGUUUUCUCAUCCCACUCCUAACCAACCUGGUGUGUUCUUCUCUGGUGCUGAGAACCCUCCGUCGCCCAGGGACCAUCGGCCACGGCUGCAACAGCAAGCGCCGGGUCCUCCGUAUGAUCCUCGUCCACCUGGCCAUCUUCAUCGUCUGCUUCGUCCCAUACAACUCCAUCCUCUUCCUCUACGCCAUGGUGCGGACCCAGGCUCUGGCCAACUGUAACCUUGAGAGGUUUGUUCGGACGCUGUACCCCAUCACCCUGUGUCUGGCCACCCUCAACUGCUGCCUAGACCCAGUGGUGUACUACUUUACCUCUGAGUCCUUCCAGAAGAGUCUCACCACAGGGGGGAAGGGAGGGGUCCGGGCUGAAAGCAUCCCCCGCAGCGACUCACACCUGAGUACUGAGGCAGAGACGCAGCAGGACACAGGGACACUGACCAGGGAUGGGAGACCGUCGAGAGACACAAGGGACUGGACAGUCACCAGGAGAGACUCACAAGAAGCAUCACUCACUAGAAACACACAGGACGCACACGCUCUCGUCAGCAACGGGAAAGAUACGGGAGUGAAUGAGACUCAGUUCUGACACUACGGGGGAGAGAGAAAUAAAAAGAGAGAGAGAGGAAGAGAGAUGGAGAAAUAGAGCGAGAGGACAGUUCAGGAUGGAGAAAUCAGGUUUCUGAGUCUAAGUCCUAGUUCAAAAGCCACCGUAUCUCCGCUCCAAACAAAAAAAUAUGUCACUUUCUCUUUGGAAGAGCAGGGAUUGAAUGCCGUCUGAAACAACGCAGUGUGCCUCGUCAAAAAGUCUGACGAUACUUCGGGAGUCUCUGCUGCUCUUUUGGCAUAGUGCGGGUGAAGCCUCUGUUUACUGCAGCUCGCCUCGUCAGACUUUUGACGAUAGUUCGGGAGUCUCUGCUGCUCUUUCGGCAUAGUGCGGGUGAAGCCUCUGUUUACUGCAGCUCACCUCGUCACUUUUGACGAUAGUUCGGGAGUCUUUGCCGCUCUUUCGGCAUAGUGCGGGUGAAGCCUCUGUUUACUGCAGCUCGCCGGAGCAGUUCUUCCACUGUCAGGAUAAAUGGUAAUGCAUAUUAAUAUAUGUUAAUUGCAUACAAAUAAAGGUUGCUUUGCUACCACACCCACAACAGAAAGACAAUCAUGGUCUCAGAUUCGCAGGUAGAGGACUUCUGUGAGAUGUUACUGUUGGGUCUGAAUUCAACACUUUACCAAUGAGGAAAUCUGUUGCAGUGUUGAGAGUGGUUGCUGGGUGAACAGGGUCAAUAUCAGGGGAUAUCUUUAUCUUUGUAUUUCCGGAUAGCUGACUGGCUCGAUUCGGUCAUAUGUAGCAACAUUUGAAAUUGUGUUUUUUACAUUUACAAAAGUAGAGACUCAGAGCUAGAAAAUGGUACAUUACACACUAUAGUUGAGGAACAAUGGGAAAGUCAUUCUGCUUUGAAAAUUUAUAAAUUGAAGAGCUUUUCUUUGUCUAUACCCAUUCAACAUUGUUCACACCCUCUUAAGCCUUAGCCCCACUCAUCUCUUUAAGGAUUCACAUGUGAGGCCAUGUGUUAAACAGAGUGAAUAUGGUAGUGUACUAAACAACCAAAGAUUAAGACUAAAUAAAGGCUGGUUUAUAUUACGUCUAUCGACAGUUGUCACAGUGACAUCAUAUACAUUCUAUUGUUGUCCAGCAUCAAACUUGUUGUCGUUAUGAAAAAGUAAAAAGACAAAAAUGACAGGCA